CAAUGAUGGUGCAGUUCCGAUGUUUGACCGGAAAUUGCACCCCUUAACACAGAUACACAAAGACUACACCGUUUAGUGAAUGACAUAAUUGGCGCUCGGCAAAAAACAAAAUCACUCCACUUCUUACACAAAUAGCUAUAGAGGGAGUUUCAUGUGUUGCACGAUUUGCUGCUCCAUUUAGCUGACAAUCGUGACAUCUCUAGCGCUAGAUUUUUUUACUAGGGUCUGUUUCAUCCUUUUUCUCGCAUUCUAAUUUUCCACUCCUUCCUUCCAAGAGAACGAGAAAGUUAUUUACAUGAAUGCCGAACGAUUUAUUUUUAAACGCUUCUCUACAACCGGAAGUUCGCGUCAGUCAGUCAGCCAGCGCUAACAUUUCGCUGGAUUUGCAGCCCGGAAUUUUAGCUUGUACUAGUCCGUUUCCCAAGAAUCUUUAGUCAAACAACAGUGAAGCACUUGAAUCGGUUUUAACUGUUAUACUCAACCCAGCUGUCCCUAUCUAUCUUAACAUUUUCUUCCUUUCCACGAUUAUCGAUUUUUUGCUUUAGAGUAUGACAAAAAUCCUCCUGAAGCAACAGCCACUUUUUAAUGUUUUUAUGUUGCAUGUAGUGUGCUUUCGUGUUUUAAAUGUUAACGUAAGAGUUUCAGUUAACUUUUAUUUUAUUUUGCACGUCGGAUUAUAUCCCGUUUUCAGGUUUGUUUUGCCAUAACCAUUUAAAUAACCAGCCACCGUUUAUUGUAAAUGGAUGGUUUCCAAGGACCCAUAAAUAAAUUCAACCAAUUUUAGCGUGCAUGAUAUCGGAACCUCAGGUUAAUCGCGUUGCGUCUACCGUCAAACUUCAUUAGGAAUAGAACAACUCCCUCUAUUGGUCACAUUUAGUUUUUCAUCAAAGUAUGAUUUAGUGCCGCUAAUUUACUGGUAUAACACAAACUGUAUCAUAUUCGAAAACGGUGAUACUUUUUAAACAAAUGAGAGUUGCAACGAAUAAACAAUAGUCGACUCCCCUUCGGUCGAUCGGAACGCCAUCUGCACAAUUUCUUGGAGAAAACAGCCGCUUGAAAGCAUUUCAAACUGUAAAAAUAUUCUCCAGAAGCAUCCUAGUAGGUAUUUUUAAACAAAUGAAAAAAAAACACUUCAGAUGACGCCUAGAACCCAGAAAAGAAAGGAAAUCAAUUGUUUUCUUUUUUCGGAGGAUAACCCACUUGUUCUUUUUUGUGAUAAACCAUAAUAUCAAAGUAGGCUUUGCUGUAUGAGAAAAAUCGUUCGGAUCUGCGAAUCUUCAGAUAGCGCAUUUGUAAUUAAAAAAAAACUAAUACAUACCUAAUUUAUAGGUCACUUAUUUUCAUGUCUUUAUGUGAAGUUCUUUGAUUAAGCCAAAGCUUUGAUCAUUUGAAAGAUAAAAGACGAUUGGUUUUUUUUUUCAACAGUAAUGGUAGAAUCUUACUAAACUUUUAAUAUACAUUUGAUACAGAAUCGCUGUUAUACCAGUCAAUACAAGUUGCGCUACCGUUUCAAAUAUUUUCGGUUACAAUUUCAGUUCACACAAGCCAAAAAAAAAUCAGUUAAAACCCAAAUCUAAACAGAAAUCGUCCAAAAUCGAUCCGUGAGCAUAUCGUAUCGUCAGGAACAGUAAAAAUGUUGCUAACAACAAAUAUUCCAUUUUUUUUCUCUCCCUCGUACAUCGCUCUCUUUCCCUCGCUCUCCAUUCGUCGAAAACGAAUCAAUUUUGAUCUAAAAAAACAAUGAAUCGUUCAAAAUCGAAUCGGUAAAAUCUUCCACCUCGGCGAAAAAAAAACGAUUAAAAUGGGAACGAAUUGGAACAAUUUGAAUGACCAAAAAUUGAAAUCAUGAAAUUUUGAACAAUAAUGAAUCCCACACGAGGAUGAUGACAACCCUUGAACAAUCUCAAAGCAGUGGCUCCAACGCGGAGGAGCCCGUGAAGCCGCGGGUGCUGCGUUUCACCUGGUCCAUGAAGACAACCUCACCGCGGCUGCCGGACGAAAUCAUGGCCGAGAUCCGGUCCGUGCUGGACAAGAACAACUGUGAUUACGAGCAGCGGGAAAGGUUUGUCCUGCUCUGCGUGCACGGUGACCCCAACACCGACUCCCUGGUGCAGUGGGAAAUCGAGGUCUGCAAACUACCCCGGCUAUCGCUGAACGGCGUGCGGUUCAAGAGAAUAUCGGGUAAGUGGAGGGUUCUAUUUUGAUCAAAAUACGAUACA